AUGGGAAACAUAAAAGAAAUUCAAAUUACAUUAUCAAAUAUAAAAAACAAGUCAUUUGAUUUUUUAUUUUAUGUAAUUAAAAAAGGAAAAUAUGGUAUAAUAGGGAUAUGGAUUAUUGCAGCUUUAUGUUGUGGAUAUUUUGCAUUAAAUAUAUUUUCAUUAACAACAGUACAGUUCAGUGCACCACCUGAUUCAUUAGCAGCAAAAGGAAAUAUAAAAUUUGAAGAAUUGUAUCCAAGUCAUAGCAGUAAUGAAAUUUCUGUUGUAGUAAUUACUAAAGAAGAUGGUGGAAGUGUACUAACAGAAACAGUCAAAGAACUGUCAUAUCAAAUUUUUGAAACUGCAGAACAAAACAAUGCAACAUUCGUUCUUGGGGUUUAUUCAAAUUUAACAAUAACAAUUAAUAUUACAGAUUAUUUUGUAGAAAAUGAUACUACUGUUAUAUUAAUGUCAAGUCCAAUUGAUUGUUCUUCUCAUUUAAUUCAAGAAGUUAGAAAAACAGUGGAAACAUUUAAUUGUGAUGGAUACAGAAUUAGUGUUACUGGAAUGACAGCUGCUUCAAUGGAUAUAACAAAGUCAAUAAUUUAUGAUAUGAAACAUAUGGAUAUAUUUAUAUUUCCAAUAGCAAUAAUAAUAUUUCUUUAUGUCAUUCGUAAUAUAGUUCUUGUUGUUAUUCCUAUAUGUAAUUUGAUUAUUAUUUUAUCUAUUUCAUUUGGAACAUUAUAUCCUGUUGCUAAGUAUUCUGAAUAUUAUUCUAUUGCACCAGCAAUUAAUGUAUCAUUAAUAGUUGCUAUGUCAGUAGAUUAUUCAUUAUUUCUUUUAAGUAGAUAUUCUGAAGAAAUAAGAAAAGAACAAUCACAUGAAAGUGCUGUAAAAACAAUGUUAAAACAAAGUGGAAGAAUUGUAGCAACAAGUGGAAUAGUAUUAAUGUGUUGUUUUCUUUCAUGUUGUUUUUAUGGAGUAACUGUAAUAGUAACGAUGGGAUUAGGAUGUGUAAUUUGUUUAAUUUUUACUGUAGUGGUUAAUUUAACAAUAACCCCUUCAUUAUUAUUAAUUUUUCCGAGAUUUUUCAGGAUAAAAGGAUUAAUACCAUGUAAUAAAUGGUGUGUAAAAUAUUCUAAUAAUGUUGGUUCAGUUUUUUGGCAUCUUCAAGCAGAAUGGAUGAGUAAAAUAAAAAAUAGCGUUGUCGUGUUAUUUAUUGCUCUUUGUAUUAUGUUACCAAUAAUUAUUUGUAUGAAAGAUUUUAAAUGGACAAUGGAUCCUACUCAAUGUUUUCCAUCAAAUGCAGAAGCAAUAGAAGGAUUAGAAGAUAUUGAAAAAGUAAUGACACCAGGAAUGAUAUCUCCGUAUAAACUACUUAUAUUAUCUGAUCCAAUGAAUUCAAUAAGUUAUGAAUUUAUGAAAGAUUUUGGAAAUAAUGUAACAGAAAAUGUUGGAAAAGAGAAUAUAAUUUGUUACAAUUAUAUUAAAGGAAAUAUAAUUCCAAAAAGAGUAGUCAAAAUGUUACAAAAUAUUAAAGUAUAUUCACAAUAUUUUAAUUAUUCUACAACCUCACAAUCAUUUUUGUGUUAUCUUAUUCCACAAAAUGUUGAUGAAAUUCAAGAAAUUGUAGACCAAACAAUUAAUUUAUUAAAUGAAUUAAAUAAGCAAUAUGGAGUAGUAGGAUAUAUAUUAGGAACAAAUACAGAUAUGGUAAUGUUAGUUGAGUAUAUAUUAAAUUUUUUCCCAAUUCAAUUAACAAUAUUAAUUAUAACGAUACUAAUCCUUAUCACAUGUGCUUUUCAAUCAAUUAUUAUGGCUUUUAGAGUAAUUUUUACAACUGCAUUAACUUUAACAUGGGUUUUUGGUAUUUCAACAGUAAUUUUUACUAGUAAUAUCUUUUAUGACUUCGGUAUUCUUUAUGGCCCAACUGGUUUAUUUUGGUCUGUUCCUGUUAUGUGUACUGACGUUUUAGUUGGACUUUGCCUUGAUUAUGAUAUUUUCUUAUUUUCUAGAGUUUUAGAAUAUAGAAAAAAAGGUUGUUCUACUAAACUCUCUAUUAUUUUAGGCGUUGAACAUACAGGCUAUCUUAUCACUUAUGCUGGUUUAAUUAUGGCUGCUGCUUUCUCAGCUUUGUUAUUAUCUUCUAUGCCUGUUUUAAAACAAUUUGGUGUUGUUUUAUCUUUUGCUGUUUUACUUGACACUUUCGUUAUUAGAACAAUGGUUGUACCUUCUCUUCUUCAUUUAUUUGGUGAAUUAAAUUGGUGGCCAAGAAAACGCCCUGUUAAAUUUAAUACUUAUUCUGAAUUUCUUGAACAUCAAACUGAUCAAACUCCUCUUCUUCCUUCAUCUAUCUAA